AUGUGGUUGAAUUAUUUAUCGGCUUUUUUAAUAUUGGAUUUAGUUCUAGCUGAAAAUUUGAAAGAAGAAGAUUAUCUGGUAGCAGAACGCGUUCGCCUCGCUAUGAACACCAUUGAGGAAUCAUCUUGCGUUAGGUUUAAAGCACUCCUUGAACCCUAUAGCAAGUCUCAUUGGAUCCAUAUUACCAACAAGGCCAGAGUGCGGGGCUGCGUCCAUGACGGUGAAGUUAAUGGCACGUAUGAGACUGUAAUGACGAUGGGUCUGGAUUGCAUGCAGCGUCGUGAUAUCUUGCAUUUACUAAUGCAUGCUCUGGGUUUCAAAGAUGAAGUCACACAUCCACUGAGAGACCAUUAUGUUAGGAUUUUGUGGGAUAAUAUUCAUCCUGCAUACCUAUCGUUAUUUCGCAUUCGUUACGAAGAUUAUCCUACAAUAAAUACUGAGUAUGAUCCUACGAGUAUCAUGCACUUCCAUGAUCGGGCGUACACUAAAAAUGGACAAGCUACGAUUGCAUCUCUGGUACCCGGGCUAGUGAUAAACCCUUCGCGUGAGCUGUCACCCCUAGAUAAGAUGAAGCUUCGCUCAGUAUUCGGCCGCGAGUGCAACAGACGGAAGGUGGAUGACUUGCUAGACUCAUGUAAAGCGGCGAUGCAAGAAAACGAUGGAAAUCAGCAGGUCUCAGAAGUACAAAAUCCUGAAACUGACAUUGAAGAGGAUAGUAACCAUAAUGACAUGAAUAAUCAUAAUAAUGAAAAAUACGAAGAUACUGCAUAUAACGAAGAACAGGCACAUGAGCAAACUGUUGCCGAAAAUAACUACGCAGAAGAUGGUACAGAUAAAUAAAUAAUAA